AUGAGGCGGACUAUUCAGACGGCUUUACUAUCUCUCGACUGGUUGAUCGAGAAGGGCGUGCCCAUUCAGGCCGACGCCCGCUGGCAAGAAAACUCGGCAAAGCCAUGCGACACUGGAACUUCCAUUGCCGAACUAGCCGCCGAGUUUCCUGGCGUCGACUUCUCAACAGUCGAUCCAGUGUAUCCGGACAAGACGUCCCCUGCGGGUGCCAAGUAUGCUUUUACAAAAGAGGCAAUUCUUGGAAGAGCUCGGUCAUCAAUUAACAGUAUCUAUGAGCGGAAAGAGAAGUUUGUUUUUGUGGUUUCCCACUCCGGGUUCUUACGCCUUGGUGUUACAGGAUACUGGUUCUUUAAUGGCGACUACAGAAUGUUCGAUCUCAGUCAAAGUGAAGACCCUGGCAGCGUGCCUCAGUUGAGGCAACUUGAAUCAACGCUCAGUGGAGGUCUUGGCAAAUCAUGGACAGAUCCUGUCUUAAUCGGCUCCGAUCUGCCGGCCUCGGAGAAACCUGCUAUUGAAGUUCAAAGUACCUAG